GUAACUUGAGAGAUUUACAUAUUUCAUUUGAGCUUCUAGCUUCAAGUUUUCUCUGUCUACACCCAUGUUACAAUGAUUCCCAAACUGGAAAGUCCAGGCUGACGAAACUCUCUCUUCUCUUCUUGGCUGACUUGGGCAGAUUAUAUUUGAAGUUGUUUAGUCCACCAUAUACCACCAUGUGUGCCUAUGUAGACAUGAACCAGCCAACCUAUAGAUGUGUUAGUGUAUGGGACUUCAAAGGUUCUUCCCAUGAACUGCUGAGUUUCAAAGCUGGUGAACAUUUCCAUGCUCUGGACAGGAGUGGGGACUGGUGGCUUGUGGAGAGACUGAGAGGAGAUGGCAGUAGGACUGGCGAGAAAGGAUACGUGCCAUAUAAUUACAUGGCGGAAGAAGGAACGGUGGAAGAGCAGUCGUAAAUGGUUUUUCGGAGAACUGUCCCGGACAGAGGCUGUAAAUCUCCUAUUGAAAAAUGGAAAUAGGACCGGAUCCUUCCUGAUUCGUGUUAGUGACAAGCACGGCUUUACGUACGCUUUAUCAGUGCGCUCUCAGAACACUGUAAAGCACUUCAAGAUCUUCAAGGAUGAGCAGGGGGAAUAUCACUUGAACAGGUUGCACUUCUUUACGGAUUUGAGUAAACUAACUGAAUUCUACAAAGUGAAGCCUUUAGCAAAUGACCUAGUGCUGACACAUCCAUGUUUGAAGGAUGAGCCCACAGCUACGGAGCUGUACCUACUUCCGGAUGAUGAGUGGGAGAGGCCCAGGGAGGAGUUUCAACUGGAACAAGAGCUAGGAUCAGGGAACUUUUCCAAGGUCUUUGAAGGAUACUGGCUUGGGAAAGUCAAAAUUAAAGUAGCAAUUAAGACAGUUAAUCAAGAUGCAACCAGUCGGGAAACCUUUGUGAGCGAGACGUCAUUUCUGAAGACCCUUCGGCAUCGUAACCUGUUAUCCCUAUACGCUGUAUGUUCGGUGGGAACCCCUUUUUAUAUAAUCACUGAGCUUAUGUCCAAGGGGGACCUGCUUUCAUUUCUGCGGAGUGACGAGGGGAAGCAGCUAAAUGUAGACGGGCUCCUGGAUAUAGCAGGGCAGAUCGUCGAUGGAAUGGAUUACCUUGAGACAAAGAACUGUGUCCAUCGUGACUUGGCUGCCAGAAAUGUCCUCAUUGGACACAACAACAUCUGCAAGAUCGCAGACUUUGGCUUGGCAAGGUUUAUUAAAGAUGAAGCUUAUUUAUCCUUUUCAAAGCAAAUACCUUAUAGAUGGACAGCGCCUGAGGCAUUGGCCUAUGGUCGUUAUACCCUCAAGUCAGACGUUUGGGCUUUUGGAGUUUUAUUAUAUGAGAUAAUGUCCCGGGGGGCUAAACCAUACACAGGUAUUGAAAACUCUGAAUUGCUUCUAUACUUAAAACAAGGCAACCGCUUACCAGCUCCCUCAAAUUGCUCAGCUAAAAUCUACAAAGUUAUGAUGGAUUGUUGGCAUGAAAACCCAGAAAAUAGACCAUCGUUUAAUGACCUAAAGAUAUAUAUAGACAACCUGGCAAACUAUGAGCCCCCUGAGGAUUCCAUCAAACCUUCUUCUAAGACAAAGGGAUGGAUCCGCAAGCUGAAGAAGCCAGUUAUUAAAUGAGCCUUGUGCUGAACUCUGCAGGGUCGACACCUGAAAUUCACAAACCAAGGGCAUUGCUAGGAUCUAAAAUACCAGGGUAUGGGCCCCAGGUAUCAUCCACAUACUGCACAGUUGCAUAUACACACAAUCACACACUACAGGUACAUUGUGCACACACAUAACACAAAGACACUGGAAGAACACAGUCGGUCACAUAAUUGUGCACACCUACGGACAUGAAACACUAGCCACAGCCACCCAUCUUUAUUGUGUUUUUCCCAUGCACACUGGCACAUUGGCCAAGAACUUGGCAGGGAACUAAAUCACAGCUCCAUUUGACUGAAAUGCAUUCAGAUCCCUCACAGUCAGGUGGACAGGACUGUGCAGGGAAAGCUCAGAAGGGGACAUAUUCCUAAAUCUCAGCUGUGUCCUCAUUCUCAGGAUGGAUGGGGGUCCCCGAGAUCAAACCCCACUGAAUAUGAAGUAAUGGCACAGCCAAGUGGUAUGCCAUCUCUUUAUUAGAUGUGUAAAGCCCUUUGAGAGAGCAUUGUAAAGUGGUGUGGACUUUCCUUCAAAUCCCCUGUCUGGUCACUCCUUGAUCAUCCCUGGUCAUCCCCUGCUAUAAACUAUGAGCUGAUAAAAAAGACUUCCUCAUGCCUACGCAUGGUUUUACACGACCUGAUGCAAAAUGAGCACCUAUUGAUGAAAAAACGAAUUGGCACUUGUUUACAGAACCUUUAGGGCAUGGGGGUGGAGCACAUGCCCUGUUUACAUGGAACAAUGUUCUGCUGACCAACGAGUAUUUUUAUGCCCACAGAAAAAAAUCUGAUGAGCCACACUGAUCGCUGCCCUGUCUACACUGUGCAAUGAUCUGGAACAAGCCUUCUUACUAACACAUCUCUUCAUUCAUGUGCCUGUUUAAAAGGGCCAGAACUCAAGCAUUUGUAACCUGCAAUCAGUUUCUGAGCGGCUAACCUCUUGAUUGUCUGGCAAUCAUAAAAAUUUAAAAAAGUCAGAAUGCUGAUCACUUCACCGAACGCCAGCCAUCCUGCUCCAAUGCUUUCUGGGUACCCCACGAGUCUUUAAUGUCUGGUCCCUCUUGACAUGGAAAUGUGACAGCUCAGCCAAACACUGGCAGAGGUGGGUCACCGAUGCAGCCAGUGACUGUCAAAGAGCUUACAUUUCCUGUGUCGAGAGGGACAGGAAAAUAGAUAUCGGUGAAGCACUCUGCAAAAAUCAGAAAGGGUGACUCUGGUUAUCACAAAGGUGGGCAUGACUUUGAUCUGGCAUCCUGCAUCCUUUUUUCAAAUUUAUCAGAAGGACAACACCUUUAUGUCUUGGAUGUCCGUUCCACAAAAAAAUAGAACAUGUGCUAUACUUGGCCUCAAAAUGCACACCACAGACCUAUUAAAGUUAACAUGGACAGUAUCCAUAUUUUGCAGGUCCUCAAUUUGCAAACCACAAAAUACAUAUGGUCAUCUGCAUGAGGCCUUAAAUGGACAUUUCUCCUCCCUGUUCCUGACCUUAGAGGCCAGGACCUUUUAGCCCUUAAUCUGAAUAUAUAGAUUUAGGCAGAAGAUAUUCAUCUGCAAAGUCAGUGGUGCUAGAUAUUUUGUUUGGGGUGUAGAGCCUCAGAUCUAAGGCAUAAACCCUGGAAGCUCAGGCUUAACAAUGUCCUUGUUCUGCUCAUUUCCCUCCAUUGUCAUUGUGUGUGUGUGUAACCUGAAUUUGGGUUUCUGGAAUACAGAAUUAAUAGAACUCAUCCAGUCCCAUCAAACACAGAUCAUUGUUGGGUGGAAAAUUGGGUUUUGGGCAGCAAUGAAUAUUUCUAAUCCCUCAUCAAUAUGCAGGAGAGACUUGACUGAAUCUCCCAUUACUACACUGUAUUUCUGUAGGGAUUUUAGAUACAUGAUAUACAGCGGUGACUGGUAGGGCGCUUCUAGAGCAUCUGGCCAUUUCUCAAAUUAGUCCAUAUCCAUCUCUAUGGAUGGUGUGUUCUCCACAGCCACCACCGGUGGCCUAAGAGUACCAAUACUUCGUUGUUGUUAAUCGUUAAUGCCAUCUUCUUCAGAAAUACCCAUAACCAUCAGCAAUGAAGGAUUCUAAAGAACUUCUUCAUCCUCCAUAUUUAUUCCUUAUUGCCCGACACUUGGUGUGAUCUUGCCUAAUUCCGUUACUGUUACUUCUUUGUCUGUUAUUUAUCACUUGUCAAUAUAAAGCUAAAUCUGUGAGUACGUAAUGUUCUAUGUAAUUUGUCAUUUGUCAAUAAAGCUCUUGUAUUCAAAGGCAA